AUGGCCAAGCCUAACCUUAUGGUAGCUUCAAAAAUAAGAGAGAGUACAAGAUUUUAUCCUUAUUUCAAGAAUUGUUUGGGAGCAAUUGAUGGUACACACAUACCUGCUAUGGUAUCUAACAAUAUCGCUCCGAGCUACCGUAAUCGAAAAGGAGUAAUAUCGCAGAAUGUAUUGGCUGUUUGCAACUUUGAUAUGGAAUUCAUAUACGUUCUCAGUGGAUGGGAAGGUUCAGCACACGAUUCAAAAGUAUUAUAUGAUGCUUUAAGAAGAAGGACUAAUAGAUUUGUGGUUCCACAAGAGGAGACGGAGUUUGCGGUAAAAUUGGUCGAGAAGCUUUCUCAAAAUAAUGAAGAAGUUUUUGAGACACAAGAUCAAGAAAGAGAAAGUGCUAAUAUAUGGAGAGAAGCAAUGGCUCAGCAAAUGUGGAGGGAUGCAACUAACUAG